GUACAAGAUAAAUGGGAAAAUUACGUCAAUGACGUUAUUGAUUUAACUAAUUGUGAUUUACAUCAAGAAAAUGACUCAACAAUAAGUAUUAAAAGUAAUGAGCAUAUAUCAAAUGGAAAUAUUUAUCCAUUUUUAACUAACCUUAGUAGUACAUAUAGUCAUGGGAAUAGUGAAGAAAGCAGUUCAAUCGCUUCCUCAAGUGAUUUUACUUACGAUGCAAAUAGAACUGCUUAUACGUCGAAUAUAUUAAAUAAAUACUUUUCGACCGAUAUAUACGAUGAAAAUAGAUUUUCUACUUGUACUAAAAGGCUUGCUAGUAUGAUUAAACAUAAACAAGUAAAAGCAAGCAGUCAGUUUGGUGGUAACCGCAUUAAUCAUUUUGGUAGUAAAAAUAUGAAUCGGUUUGUCGAUAAUGACGUUAAACUAAAAUUUGUUAAUAGUUUAAUUGAUUAUUAUAGAAAACUUCAGAACCCAAAAGGAAACAUUGAUGGUGAUGAAACUAAAAAAAAUUCUAAAGGAAGUAAUACAAAUGGCACCAUGAAUACGAAUAGUGAUAACUCUACAGGAGCCCCAACUUUGAGUAAAAAGAGUAACAAAAAAAAUUGCGAAUCCCAACUUGAAGAAAAAACAAACAUAAAUUAUAACUUAAAUACAAAAAAAAUAGAAAACCAAAAUAAGGAUAAUAAGAAAAUACAUAUAGGAACAUAUAUAAAAGCUGUUGAAUGUAAUGGAAAAGUAAAUAAAGCAAUAGUUAACAACAGAAAAAAAUUAAAUGAUGAUAACAAAAUAGGUAGCAAGGUAAAAGUUGAAAAAGAUGUGAAUGUGUUAAGUUCGAAUAAAAAAUACUUGAAAUUAAAAAACAGUUUAUAUAAAAAUAAAAAUGAAGCAAUACUACAUACUAAAAAAACUCACGUACAGGCAAAAAAUGUUUUAAAAGAAAAUAUAAAAAUAAUUAAUAAAAAUAGUAUAAUAAAUGAAAAAAAAAAUAAUAUGAUAAAUAUUAAUUUAACUUAUGAUAAACAUGCUGAUGAUAGCAUAAAAGACAAAGAUGUGUUUGUUUUUAAUAAUAAUAAUAAUAGUAGUAAUAAUAAUAAUAAUAGUAGUAGUAAUAAUAAUAAUAAUAAUAGUAAUAAUAAUAAUAAUAAUAAUAGUAAUAAUAAUAAUAAUAAUAGUAAUGUAAAUAGCGGGAAUGACAAUAAGGGUGAUAGUAGUGGCAAAAGCAUCGAUGUAUUUAAACAUGAGAGUAAUAAAAUAGUAGUAAAUGUUAGUAAUAAUUUACAAGUAGAAAGUAGUACAAAAACGUUAAAUAGAAAUAAAUUAGAUACUAGUAUAAAAAGUGAAAAUUUUUUUUUUAGAAAUAAUAAACGCGUAAACGUGUUGAGUAAUGAAAAAGGAACUAUAAAUAAGGUAGCAAAAGUGAUAAAAAGCGAAAAAAAACAAAACAAAAACUUAAAACAUUUGUUUUUUCAAAGUUCUAAUGAAAAAACAAAAAAGGAUAAUAAUUUUAUUCCAGUAACUAAUAAAUGUUCUUAUUUUGGUAAAAAUAGAAAAGAAAUCGAGGUUAAGACAUACAGAGAUAAAGGGGUAGAUAAAAAAAAGUAUAACGAAAAAAGGAACAGAAAAGAUAAAAGAAUUUCGAACAAAAUAGACUCUAACAGAACGAAAAAAAAUUGUAAAACAAAAAAAAACUGUGCGUAUGUAGAAAAUGAUAAUGCAAAUAUAUUGAAUAGUAAAAAAAAAAAAAAAAAGUUUGACAUAAAUUUGGAUAAAAUGACAAAAACUAAAACAGAGAUGUUAAAAAAGGGAUUAAGUGUAAGUAGAAAGCAAUUAUAUCUAGAUAAAACAGAUGAUAAAAAUACGUAUAAUCUUACCAUGGAUUUCACAAAAAGUAUGUUUAAACAUAAAAAUAAAGAUGUAGAAUUAGAUAAGAAUGAUAAUAAUAAAAUAAUAAGAAAUGAAUUAUGUUGGACCCAAAAAAUAGAAAACUCAAAUUUACAUUCAAAUCAUGAUAAAAACAACAGUAAUAGAUGUUAUAAGCUUACUCCUAAAGAAACUAUUGAAAUGCCUAAAAGUAAAAAAGGCAUUUCUCAAAUUUUUAUAUCAUCUACAAAACAUCUUAAUACUUUUAUAGAAAACAGUACUUUAAAAUCUAGUGUGUUAUUAAAUAGUGACAAAGAACAUACAAAAAAAAGUGUCUCUUCUAACAAUGCAAAAUCGUACUUUUCAAGAAAUAAUUUUUUUUCUUCUUCUAAAAUUUUACAUAGCCAUAAAACUAAAAGUUAUAAUAGUAAUAAAUAUAAAAGUUGUUUUUCUAUGUAUAAUACACAGGAAUACGACAAAACUAUUAAAAGUAGUUUAUUUUAUCAAGAUAUACAAAAUAAAAACACUAAGGGGAGACAUGUAUUAUAUGAUAAGUAUGAGAAAAAAACAGCUGAAAGGAGUAGACAUUUUAAUAACAGAAGUAUUGAUAAUGACAAUAAUAAUAGAAAUGAUAGUGACAAUAAUAAUAGAAAUGAUAGUGACAAUAAUAAUAGAAAUGAUAGUGACAAUAAUAAUAGAAAUGAUAGUGAAAAUAAUAAUACUGACGAUCUGGAUUUACUUGAAGAUUAUAAAAAACACCUUAGUUUGCAAAAUAUUAAUUAUUUAAACGGUGUUAAUAAUUCUGAAAAAAAAUCAAUGACUAUUUGUAAUGCAUAUAGUACAAAAACAAACAGUAAUUAUAUUGGCGAAGGCCAAACUGGUGAAUUACGAGCCAAUUUACAGCAUAAGCAAAAAUUGGGUGGUAAUGGUUAUGACGGUAAUAGUAACACCAGUAAUGGUAACAAAGAUAAUGGCUACGAAGGUAAUGGUCACAAAGGUAAUGGUCACAAAGGUAAUGGUAAGAGUUAUGAAAAAAUGUGUGAUCGCGUUGAAAGUUCAGUAUUAAGAUUAUUUUACGAAGCUUAUGUGAACAGAAAAGGAAAUAAAGAAAAUGCGAAUGAUAUACAUGAAACCACUUUGGAUUAUUCUGGACGUGUCGUAACAAACCAAACAAGUAGAACAAAGUAUGACACACAUUAUGACUAUAAAACAUAUGAAAAAGAAUACAUGACUGAAUUAAUUGACAUUUUAAAAGGGAUGAAUACACAUAAUCAAGGGAAUAACAUACAGAAAACGCGGAACUGUAGUUCUUUAUAUUCAUGUGAUGUACAGUAUAAAAAUGUUGUUCAUCUAAAACACAUAUCAUGCGUCAAAAGCUCAUCUAACGAAGUAAAUAAUAAAAAAAAAAGUAGCCAGAAUUUAAAAAAAAGUGUUGAUAAUUAUAUAACUAUGCGUAAAUAUAUACGAAAAGAAAUUUAUAGGAUAUUAAAAAUGAGUAAAUACGAUAGUAAGAUAAGAAGUAUAUUAAUGUUUAUGGUGAAUUAUAUACGGAUGAAUGGGUCGGAUUUGGCUAGGUCGGAUUUGGCUAGGUCAGAUUUGGCUAGGUCAGAUUUGGCUAUGUCAGAUAUUAUUGUUGAUCCAACUGGAUGUGGUAAAAACCUGAAUAAAACUAAUUUAUACGUUACAAAAAAAAGUAAAAGUAAAAAAAAUGUAACAGUAUAUAGCGAAAAAAACACAAAAAAAGUAAGAGAAAAGGAAAAGAAUUUGGUGGUACAAAAUAAUACUCCACUUGGUACCCAAACGGAAUAUUUUGUAUCUGGUACUGAGUGCGAAAAAAUGUAUGCUAAUGGUGCACCAAAACAUUUACCUUUGACUAUGUUAAUUGUAAAAAACUUUGAAGAAAAACAGGCAAAGUCAAAAGGUGGUAAAAAAUACACUGUCAAUAACACUCAAGUCCAAUACCAAGUGAAACUAGUUGGUGCAAAUAAAGAAGAGUUAAAAGAAAAUCAAAAAAUUAUAAAAAACGAAAUUGGCUUAUUUAGAAGAAUAGAACAAAUAUACAAAUACAAUAAUAUCGGUAAAUUAAAACGUAACAUAAAUUAUGAUUAUAAUAUUGUAAACAGGUACAUCCCAUUUCCAAAUAUAGUUACUAGUUAUGUUCAAAAAUGUAAUACUGAUGACUUUUUAAAAUAUUCUUUGACUGAAAUGGAAAACAAAGGAUCAGAGUUGAGUACUAUAACCAAUAGUAAUAACAAUAACGGUGGUAAUAACAAUAACGGUGGUAAUAACAAUAACGGUGGUAAUAACAAUAGUAAUGACAUCGUCACUGACACUGACAAAAUAGAAAAAAGUAAUAAUAGUAACACCUUUUUUAAUUGGAAAUAUGUACUAAAAAAAGACAAAAUGAAUAACAUAAAAAACACUAAGGAUAUUAAUUAUAAAUAUAUGGCACUGGCAGUAAAUACAAAAAAUUGUUCAUUAGUAGCCAAGUCGAAGAGCAAUAACAUGAUUUAUAAAAGUGUUGAUUCAAAAAAUAAAUUUAAGAAACUAAUUAACUUUUAUGAUAUUAAAAGUAAUGCUUUGGGUUUAUUAAAUAAAAAAAUAUUUCCAAAAAUUAAUGACAGUAAUAAAUCUAAUGGUAGUAAUAACAUUGCCGAUAGGGAUAACAUACAGAUUCAUAGUGACAGUAAGAGUAAUAAUGGAGAAAAAACAUAUGUAUUAACAGAUGGAAUAAAAGGAUAUAAAUUUAAGUCUAAUACACUUAAAAAAUUUUCUCCGGGUAUAAAACGAAUGGCAAUAAAUAAUUAUCAAAGUACUGUGAAUGAUGCUAUUGCUUCUUCUAUUUGGAAAGACAGCUAUGACAUUAUUAAAUCUAAGAGUGACUUUAGCGUGAAUAAAAACACAAUUUCCACUAGCUUUAAAAAUGUGAUUACAAUUAGUAAAAAUAACAUUUUUAUAAAAAAGAAAGGCAUAUUGAAGUAUCCAGAAAUAAAGAAUAAUAUUAAAGUUAUGACUAUAAGAAAUAUGAUAACAAACAAUAUUGAAAAAGCAAACCAUUCAUUAAAAAAUGCAAAUACUAUGAAACAUAUAAUGAAUGGGAAAAUGAAUGAGAAAAUGAGUGGGAAAAUGAGUGGAAAAAUGAAUGGAAAAAUGAAUGGAAAAAUGAAUGGAAAAAUGAAUGGAAAAAGUGUUAAUACUUUUACUUUAAAGCGGUAUAAUACUACUGCUGCGAAUAUGACUAAUAAUAAAGUUAACACUGAUUAUGCUAAUAGUGAUAAAAAUAAUAACAAUAUGAACAGCAGUAUAAACAAAGACAAAGCGAGCAAUAAUCAUAUUAAGCACAUGUUUAGCGAACAUUAUACAAACUUCAAACCCUUCAAAUCCAAAGAAAAUGCCCUAAAAAAAAUGGGUACUGCCAAAAAUAAUUUAUCUCUUUAUGUGAAACAAAAAAAUAUUUUAAAAAAAAUAGAAAGUAUGUCAGAAAAGCAAAACUUAUCUAAAUAUCCAAAGAAUUAUCAUUUAUUUAAAGAUAAAAAAAAUAUGUAUGAAAAAAAGAAAAGAGAGUUCCAUGUACAAAAAGAAGAACAAAGCUCUACAAAUAGUAUAUUGGAGUUAAAAAAAGAAGUAAGCAAAUUACAAGAAAAUGUUGAUUUUAAGAAUACGAAUAAUAACAGGACAAGGAGCGUACAAGAAAGGAAACGUCUUCAUGAUCGUGAUCGUGAUCGUGGUCGUGGUCGUGCUCGUACAUGUAGUCGUAAUAUUUUCGUCUUUGAUUCGCCAAACACAUACGAUAUGCAUAGCUCGAAUAACACGCACGAUUCAAAUGACACAUAUAACUCGUACAUAUCUCGAAAAAAUAAACCAGUAAGUGCUAAAAGCAAAGAGUUGGAUAAUAGCCAAGUUAGAAACGAAAUGGUUCAUAACCCCAAAUAUACAAAAAGGUUAUUAGAACUUAAAAAAAAAAAGAAAUUACAUGAACACAAUUAUAAACAUAAUAAAAACAUACAUUCUUCACGAAGUUACAGUUUUAAAAAUUCAUAUGAAACGAAUAAAACAAAAAAAAGUAGAAAAAUACCAGAUGAACAUAUUCAUAAUUAUAAAAUGAUCGAUAUUGGCUUAAAAGA